AUGGACCGCCGUCUACGUCCUUUGUUUCCCAGCCUGCGCCGAGGAAUCCAAACUCUGGCCACUGGUAUCACUCCCGCUCAACUUCCGACCUACUACAAUGCCUCCAAGCCGUGUUUACUGGACUUCUCCAGCCUUCACAAGCUGAAAGCCAACGAGAAAUGGGCCACAGAUGGACGCAUCAAUAACGAGUACUUCGAGAGCAUUAUAACCAAGGAUGGCGUGGAUCCUGCCGUUGGGGUAGAAAAGGGACGCAUGGACCGAGAUGCAGUUGAAUCCGGAGGCGAAAGCAGCGACUUUCAACGGUUUGAAAUGCCUCUCAGUUUCUUCUUGCAGUGCAUCAACCAUGAAGUGCCCCAGUUUCGAGACCUGUAUCUCGCCCAGACAUACUUAACGGACUCGCUUCCAAGUCUCAAGGACGAUCUCAGUCCCAACCCGUUCCUUGAGAACGCUUCUGUUGAAGCAAUUGGAUUCUGGAUCGGUCGAAACACCUUCACCCCUCCUCAUUAUGAUCCCAGUGGAAACAUCUAUAUGAUGGUGCUGGGAAGCAAAAAGGUGCGUCUGUGGAAACCUCAGGAGAAGAAUCCGCUUGGAACCGCCAAACUGGGCUCCAAUUUCAAUUUCCAGACUGGCAAGCCCGACUACGAGGUUACUCUGGAACCAGGUCAGGUUCUGUUCACCCCCCAAGGGUGGUUCCAUGAACUUGAGAGCAAGGGACUCAGUGCUGCUGUCAACUGGUGGUUCAGACUGAAUAGCUCGACCUAA